UAAAAAUUCGAUCGUUUAAAAUUGCCGCGGGUAGUUGCCUCUCGUCUGUGUACGAGACUCAACGAGAGAAACGUAGUACUUCGCACGCUUCGGCAAAAUGAAUCUGGGAAGGGUGGCUAAUAUUAACGUUUUCCGCAAAAUCCGACAGCUUGAGUCACUGGCCAAACCUGGUAGUUUACUCGUGCGAAGUAAUCUGGCACAAUUUCCCAGAUUUACUUCAAGCUUCGCCAAUCUGAACCGUUGUGCGAUUCCCAACGUAAACAGCUACGCAAAAUGCCGUAUUUUAUCCAAGCUACCUUCGCAAUCGGCAAUCGGCGUGAUUCAAACUCGUGCUGUGAGUGCUCAUGGUGAUCAUGUACGCUUAUGGGUGGUUGAGCGACUGGUAUCGAUAUCCCUGCUAACACUGAUACCGCUUGCCCUGGUCACGGAAUAUAAACUUUGUGACGUACUAAUGGCAGUUGCUGUGAUUAUGCACACACACUGGGGAUUGGAGGCUAUCAUCCUUGAUUACGCACGGCCCAUUGUAGUAGGUCCAAUAGUCCCAAAAGUAGCGUUCUUCACACUGUAUCUACUCUCCGCUGCCACUCUUGCUGGCCUGCUCGUACUCGUCUACAACGGCCCAGGUAUCUCGAAGGUCAUUAAACAGGGCUGGGCAAUAGGUAAGGAGAGAAGUAAAGAGAAGUAAAUAUCGUUGCACAGCAGCCGAUAUGAUUUUGCACUAUGUAUUAAGAAAUUGUUAAGAUAGUUUAUGUAAAUUAUUCAGGAAUAAAUUGUACAUUACU